UCGAAAAUAGAGCCGGAAGCAUUGCAAUUCGCAGUAGUAGUAGUAGCAGCAGCAGCAGUAGUUUGAGGACUCAUGGUGGUUAUGGCGGCUCUGAGGAGGAUCCCUGGUUCGCUUCGGCCAUCUUCUCUCGGACCUUCGCUCCCGCUCUUCGUCUCUCGCAGAGGCAUUGCUUCCAAGCUCUUCGUCGGAGGGCUAUCUUUUUACACUACUCAGAAGGGAUUAAUGGAAGCAUUUUCAAAGUAUGGCCAAGUUGUUGAAGCUAAAAUUGUAACAGACAGGGUAUCAGAUAGAUCAAAAGGCUUUGGUUUUGUGACCUUUGCAUCAGAAGCUGAAGCCAAGAAAGCCAAAGCAGAAAUGGAUGGAAAGCCACUAAAUGGACGUGCCAUUAUCGUGAACUAUGCAAGGCCUCAAAGAUUUGAAGAUGGGAUGCCAAUAGCCAGAGGACCUCCUGAGCCAACCACUGAUCAUUGAUUACUCUUACGAAGAUACAGCUGUCUCAAGUGAUACUGCCAGCAUGAAUCAUAUACCAAAUUCUAGGAACAAAAUAUUGUAUGUAAAACCUUUGGCGACUGUUUUGAGCGGUUCAGUAUUACUACCAUAGAAACAGUUUGAUACUUGAUAGCCAACUUUUCUUCUGAUUUUUAAUAAUUUAGUUUAGUAAAGUAAAUAGGAGCGUUCACUUAUUGGAUACAAUUCUGCAACAACAGCAACAAUUACAAGUCUCUCUCCCGCUAGGUAGGGAUGGAUGGCUACAUGAAUUUUGAAUUUAACUAUGUUGAUAAUUAUUGAUCAGAACACGUUGCUGCUAAGAUAGUGGUAAUUAUUGAUGGAAAUGCUAAUGCUGACUUCUUGUUAAAGUUAUCAUUGGAGUCCACGAGCUUCAUUUCUUGAACUGCUUAAUUUCUCCAGCAGGUGAAUUUCCAGAAAACAUGAUAUUCUUAUGUUAAACUGUCGUAUCAUGUGGAACAUCUUUUCUGCUGUUUACUUGUCUCACUUUAGAAUCUCCAUAAACAGAUCUUUCAUUGACUUGUUUUAAUUAGCUGUUGUAACUAGUAACAUACUUUAGCUUUGGUAUCUUCUGAAUUUCAUCCAGUUUUAGAAUCAGAAACAGUAAUCAUGAAACCAACUCCGCAUCUCUUGCCGUAUCCACAUCAUAUAUACACACGCUAUCAUGAUCUAGUUCAUUAGUAGUGGAUAAAUUUGCAUGCAGUGAUUGCUGUUCUGCAGAUUGUCAGUGACCCUCUCAUGGAUGGAUGGAUGAUUUGGUGUGUGGGGAGGUGUUAGGAAGGGUAUAUAACAAUUCCUAUUGAUCAUUUAUUUAUUUUAUUACUUGCAGGCUGUGAGGCUAUGGUAGCCCUGACAUUUCCAUCAGCCCUCCAUCCCUACAGAGACAGCCCGUCCUUGACAGUUGGUAAUAGCAUGGUUCCAAGAUGUUAUUGGUCAUAUCAUUUACUAAUUCAAUCCAUGCAGUUCUGCCUCUCUCUCUCUCUCUCUCAUUUUUAU